CUCUAGGGGGCAGCAGUCGCGCGCAACCCUUCAUUUUACGCCAUCGGCGUAAGCGAGCAAGAGCAAGUGGCAUAAUCGUCUCCAAAUGAGUUCACCUUCACGUAAUUAAGUUCGCCUCCUCUUGAAAAAACAAUCUCCUCAACGACAACCAUGAACGGUUCGCUCGUUUCCAACACGGUGGACAUUAAACUCAAGCGCGGGCCCGCAGGCCUCGGCUUCAACAUCGUGGGCGGCGUGGACCAACAGUACGUCGUCAACGACUGCGGCAUCUACGUGUCCAAAAUCAAGGAGGACGGCGCGGCGGCGCUUGACGGGCGGCUUCAGGAGGGCGACCGCAUCCUGGCGAUCAAUGGCGUCAAGCUGGAGGACCAGACGCACAAAGCCGCUGUGGAUUUGUUCCGGACGGCGGGGGAAGACGUGGAGUUGCUCGUUCUGAAAAAGUCACCCCAUCACACAAACGGACCCGCCGAGUCCCAGGCCGAGCAAGCGCCCCCGGUGCCCUACCUGGGGCUCCUCGCUGCGCUCACGGCGGCCGCCGCCAUCUUCGCGUUCAUCUACAUGCGUAACACCGGACGACCGUUUUAGCAAAGGCCGUUAUUUUUUUUUUUUCUUUUUUUUUUUUUUUUUUUUCCUUUUUUAAUUUCAAACUUGUUUCUCGAGGCCAAAGAAGGGACGAAAACGAUACAGGAUUCAGUGCUCUUCCCAGAGGAAACCGUCAUCGCACAGCUUUUUUUUUUUUGGGGGGGGGGGGGGUUGUAACUUGACAACAUGGCCGCCCCGCAAGUGGGGGAGAAAAGCGAGAAGAGCUGCCCUCAAGCUCUGCGGUCGCUUUUGUUGCGUUUCGACAUAUUCCAACCCGGACGUGGCAGUGCCUUGUCGUGACGCAUUUGCUUCUUUAUUGCGCUUUAUCACGGUCCAAUAUAGACAUUUUUGGUCGCGAUUGCACACAAUUAACACUAUUUUGACUUAGGCAGUCAUAAGACAAUCAAUAGUGAAGAAUCGAUUCAUCACAUCUUGAGACGAUGGAGGCUAAUAUGGGGUGUACUGCUUCCCGUGACCAGCGGGGGCGCCAUUGGGCCACUUUGAACUUAGAAAUUCAUACAGAGGUUAAAAUUUGUAAAGUCAAACGAGGGUAAAACUAUACAUUUUCCUUUUUGACAGAUAAAAUAAGUUAUGAAAUGCCCACACCUAAGUUGCUGGAUUAUUGAUUAGAUUGAUCCCCCGCAAUUAAAUGAUGAUGAUUUUUAAUUUCCGGAAGAUUUCAAAAGAUGGCAGCAAAAGCACUUCUAUUCUCCUAGACGAGGCUGACUAAAUGAACCUCCUUCACUCACUUCAACAUAGUUCCCUGGACAGCAGUUGGCACCGAAGCAAAAUGUUUGAGCGGCGUGCGCACUCAAGACAGCAAAAAAAAGUUUUUCAGCACAUA